UUGUAUUAGUAUAUCCACACCUACACAAAAAGAGAGAAAAAAAAAAUAGUAGUAAUGGAGAGACUGCAAACUAAGCUCUUUGAAGCUGCAACACAAAAUUCCAUCACUUCACUUCAACAACUACUGAUUGAUGAUCCACUAAUCCUCGAGAGAGCUCUUGUUAACCGUUUCAACGAGACACCUUUGCACGUUGCAGCCAUGUUAGGCCACGUGGAUUUCGUCCGGGAAAUCAUAGGGUUGCAACCACAACUGGUGAACGAGUUGAAUUCGCAUCACUCUUCUCCUCUGCAUCUUGCAGCGGCUAAAGGGCAUGUCGGGGUCGUGAAGGCUCUUCUAUCGGUCGAUAACCAGGCGUGUUUGGCCCGCGAUAGGAAUGAGCUUUUGCCGUUGCAUUUGGCAGCGGCCAAAGGCCACGUUGAAGCUAUGAAACUGCUACUUGAAGCUCGACCGGAAGCGACUAGGGUUACGGCUUGUGGAGGAGAGAGCAUCUUGCAUUUGUGUGUCAAAAGUUACCAAUUGGAAGCUAUCAAGCUAAUAGUGAAAAGUGUGAGAAAUGCUGGUGACUUCAUCAACUCUAGGGAUAAUGAUGGAAACACUGUCUUGCAUUUAGCUGUUGCAGAGAAGCAAGUUGAGGCUGUGAAAUAUUUGGUGAGCGUGGGUGCAGUAGACGUGGAUGCAAAAAAUGAAGAUGGUUUAACAGCAAUGGAUGUUCUUACUGGAAGCAGAAGAGAUGUGAGGGACCCUGAAAUUGCAUACUUGCUUAAACAUGGUGAUAAGCCAGCAAAGAAGAAGGAAAAGAAAAACAGUGUGAAUGGUUUGUUGAAGCAACAUGCAGUUUGGCUUGAGAAAGAGAAAAAUACAUUAAUGGUGGUGGCUUCCUUGAUUGCGACCAUGACUUUUCAAGUUGGAACUAACCCUCCCGAUGGUCUUUGGAAAACAUAUGCAACUGUCGAUUAUUCUAAAAAUUUCUACAUUGGGAACACAGUAGCGUUCAUAUCGUCUCUAAGCAUCAUAUUGCUUUUGACAAGUGGAUUGCCGAUAAGGCGUAGGUUCUUUAUGUGGAUCCUUAUGGUGAUCAUUUGGAUCGCCAUCUCAGCUAGUGCAUGGAGUUAUAUAACCGUCAUAGUGUAUUUGAAAGAGACUGAGAGUGAUUCGUAUACAGCCCCAAGUUCGUAUACAGACCCACAAGUGUGCACGGUGAUUGUGUGGCUCGGUUUGAUGUUUCUCCUUCUCGUUGGUCACACCAUCCGUUUGAUAGUGUGGGUCCUUAAAAAGCUUGGAAGGGGAGUGCUCAAGUGUAAACGUUCUUUGUGCUAACUCAUUGCUACCAAUCCAUCGCACAAAGCAGGACUCGACGUCAAGUCCAGCAGCCACAGCGCCUGCUGAGUUUGAUUUACUUGUUAUUUCUGUUUUAUUCUUAUUUUGUUGUAAUUGUGUCGAGCAAAAGUUAUAAGCUUCAUUCUGGGUUUCCUUGCCGGUUCUUACCUAGGAUGCAAAAGAGAGUCGAACAGCAUGGGGUUAAUUAAGUAUAAAUAAAACGAUUGUAUUUCCCCUAUUCUUAUGAAAUACAAAAUUAAAUUGUUGGUUUCUUCC